AUGAAUAUCUCCAAGAGAAAGAAGAAAAAAGAAGAUCAUGAUGAGGAGCAACAUAUCAUCAGUUGUAAUAUACCCGAUGAUAUGGUAAUUGAGAUAUUAAGAAGAGUACCUUGCCAAGAUUUGCUAGAAAAUUUAACGUUGGUAUGCAAGAAAUGGUAUACCAUUAUCAACAAUGGGAGCUUUGCUUACUCACACCUUGAACACACAAUUAAAAAAUCAAUAUCAUUCUCUCAACUUAAGGCUCUUGUUAUCUCCACAUCUGAUGGAAAAUCUGUCACUGUUUCUUCCUUGGAAUGGAAUAAUAAUUUCAAAGACCAACCAUUCGGAAACUUGAGGAGCAAACCCAUAGAUUUGUUCACGAUUGAAUAUGUGUCAGGGACAGGUAUUUAUCAGAUGUUGUUCCAGAAGGCAAAUUGUCUGAAUGGUUUUGUUUGUUUUUGGAGUGGACAUCAUGCUCGUUUUCAUAUUUAUAAUUCGAUGACUAUGGAAUAUAUCACCACUCCGCCAAAUCCAUACUGGCGCCAAGAUACACGUACUAUAACGGGGCUUGGAUUUUGCCCAAUUUCAUAUGAGUACAAAGUAGUCGUUGUUCAACGUCAAUUUCAAUUUGGGAAACCACCAUCCAAACAGGGGGUUAAUGGUUCGAUUUCAACUGUUAACGGAUAUGACCAAUCAUGGAGGUCUUUGAAAUGGAAUCAUAGUUCACUUGGACCGGAUGGUUGGUCAACGGCAUGUGUAAAUGGGAUUUUAUAUUGGUGUACAAAGAGUAUUCACCACGAUCCACAUCAUCAUAAAGUCAAGAGUGAUACAACAACACUUGUUGCUUUCGACGUAGCUAAGGAAGAAUUUGAUCUGAUUGAGGUACCAAUAGAAAGCCUUGAAGACAAUGUAAGUAUAGAGGAAAAGGCAGGAAAGAUUUGUUUGGUGACCAAAACAAUGUGUCUAAAUUUCAGUAGUAUCUUGUUCAAGGGAUAUAUUGCUCAUAAUAAUGAUGAUCUAGGAAGCUUAAAUUCAUGGAUGUUAGAGUUUAGUGUGACAAUUUAUGAUCAUAUAUACGACGGCAUAGAGGGAGUGUGUCACAUGAUCUUUACCAAUGAAAUUUUGAUAGUUGACGCAGGUGAGACGAUGAGUUUUUUCGAUGUUGAAACUGGAAAGUUGUUGAACGAAUUUCAAAGAUCGGGUUUACAAGCUUCAAUGUUAAUACCUUAUGUACCAAGUUUGGUAGCUCUUCACCAUUACCCAAUAAGAGAAAAAAUUACUUGA